AGUCGUCAUUGUAAGCUUAAUGUGUGCAGACAAAUAUUUAAUUCUUGUUUGGAUUAAAGCUUACAGAAAAUUUUUGUGAAAAACAGAAAUAAUUAUCACCUACUUCAAAUCCUUUUGGAUAAUAAAUUAACUGCUUAUAAUGGAUAAAAGAACCAUGGAAAAGUAUCAAGCUAUAAGCACAACACCGGUCGAUGAAUACAAGUGUCAGUUAUCAGAAGAACUUGAAAACAUGGCCAAGGAUGAGCUUCGUGAAACGGAAGAAACUCGCAAGCAUGGCAUUGAAGCUUUACGAGAAUGGGCGUUGAAAAAUCCAAGAAUUAUAAAAACCAGAUUGGAUACAAAUUGGUUGUUGCGUCAUUUGAGAUUUAGAAAAUUCAGCGUCCCAAUGGCAAUGGAAGCUAUAGAACGUAUGAUGGUUGUUAAGGAUGGACCAUUUGGGAAGGGUUGGUUUGAAAGGAUUGAAGUGGCAAGGCCUUCUGUACUGCGAUUACUCGAUACUGGAUUCGCUUUUCUGUUACCUGAAAGAGACUACAUGGGACGACGAGUGAUAUUUUAUCGUCCCGGUGUGUCUAAUCCAAUGUCACCAACAUGUGGUUUUGAUGUUUUAACACUCAUGACUUCUUUGUUUAUAUUAUUAUGUGAAUACGAAGAAGAUCAAAUUCGAGGCGUUGUGCAUGUUGCAGAUGCUAGCGGCAUAAAAAUGCCGCAUUUUACUGUAUUUAGUCCAACAUAUUCAUUCCGAAUUGGAAAAGUAACUGAGCGCAUUUUGCCAUUACGACAUAAAGGUUUUCAUGUUGUAAACGUUCAUAAAUCUUUGCGAUUAGUUCAUGACGUUAUCAUGAGUCAGAUGAGUGAAAAAUUGAAGAAAAGAGCUCAUCUGUAUUCAAAUUUUGAUGAGUUUAAGGCUAUUGAGACAUCCAAAUUGCCCAAAGAAUAUGGUGGCACAAUUCCAAUGAAGGAAAUGAUUGAUGCUACCAAGAAGUUAUUGCUUGAAAAACGUGACGAUCAUUUAUUGUUAUCAGAAAUGAAAGUUCGUCAAGAAUUUUAUCCGAAACAAGUUCUUGAUGGAUCAGUGAAAACUCUCAAAUAUCUUUUAAAUUCCCCAGAACUUUACGACAAAUACCAAGCCAAAAGCAUCACACCAGUUGACAAGUACAAGUUCACAUUAUCAGACGAACUCAGAAAGAUUGCGAAAGAAGAAUUGCGUGAAACUGACGAAACUCGAGAACACGCUUUGAAAGCUCUUCGUGAUUGGGCAAUAAAGAAUCCGAGAAUAGAAACUCUUCGAUUGGAUUCAGUUUUUCUUCUGAGAUUUCUAAGAUUCAAGAAGUUUAGCAUUCCAAUGGCACAAGAAGCACUUGAACGUUAUCUCGUGUUAAGAAAAUACAUUUACGAAGGGCAAUUUAUCUAUCAAAAUUUUGAUUACAAAAUCCCCCAAUUGUAUGCCUUGAUCGACAAUGGGUUAGCGUUUGCUUUGCCACAACGAGACCACCUUGGAAGACGUGUUAUCUUCUACCGACCUCGCAUAUUCAAUCCAUCUAAAAACUUGGCAAAUGACAUUAUUCGUUUGCCUGGAGUUGUUCUCGAAACUCUUCUUGAAGAUGAAGAAAAUCAAAUUCGAGGUUGUGUGCAUGUAGGGGACGGAUCAGGACUUGGACUCAAUUAUUUGACAGUAUUAACUCCACAACAAGCUUACAGAAUUGUCAAAAACUGUGAAAAAAUGGUCCCAAUGCGUCAUAAAGAGUUUCAUGGAACGCUGUGCCCACCUGCUUUGAAAUUUGUCUUAGAAUGGGGAUUAUCUUUAAUGAGUCCAAAGCUUCGUUCUCGAGUAAAGCUUCACUCCAAGCUUGAUGAUAAAGACGCAAUCGAUAGAAAACUUCUUCCGCUUGAAUAUGGUGGCACAAUUCCAAUGAGAGAAAUGAUUGAAAUGUUCAAGAAAGAAUUAGAAGCGAAACGAGAUGUCUUACUGAGUCACGAUGAGAUGAACAUUCGUUUCGAACUUUAUCCAGAAGCUGUUCGAAUAGGAUCAGCGAAAGCAUUAAAAGUUCCUUUAAGUGCACCAGAUUCAGCAUUUGAAACGAAGAAAGAUUACCAAGCCAAAAGCAUCACACCAGUUGACAAGUACAAGUUCACAUUAUCAGACGAACUCAGAAAGAUUGCGAAAGAAGAAUUGCGUGAAACUGACGAAACUCGAGAACACGCUUUGAAAGCUCUUCGUGAUUGGGCAAUAAAGAAUCCGAGAAUAGAAACUCUUCGAUUGGAUUCAGUUUUUCUUCUGAGAUUUCUAAGAUUCAAGAAGUUUAGCAUUCCAAUGGCACAAGAAGCACUUGAACGUUAUCUCGUGUUAAGAAAAUACAUUUACGAAGGGCAAUUUAUCUAUCAAAAUUUUGAUUACAAAAUCCCGCAAUUGUAUGCCUUGAUUGACAACGGAUUAGCGUUUGCUCUGCCACAACGAGACCACCUUGGAAGGCGAAUCAUUUUCUACCGACCUCGUGCAUUCAAUCCAUCCAAAAAUAUUCCACACGAUAUUAUUCGUUUGCCUGGAGUUGUUUUCGAGACUCUCCUUGAAGAUGAAGAAAAUCAAAUUCGAGGUUGUGUGCAUGUGGCAGAUGGAUCAGGACUUGGACUCAAUUAUUUGACAGUUUUAACUCCACAACAAGCUUUCAGAAUUAUUAAAAAUUGUGAACGAAUGGUUCCAAUGCGCCAUAAAGAGUUCCAUGGACUCUGUCCACCUUCUUUGAAGUUUGUCCUGGAAUGGGCUUUGGCAAUGAUGAGUCCUAAACUUCGAUCUCGUGUCAGAAUUCAUUCCAAACUUGACGAUGCAAAUUCAGUUGAUACGAAACUUCUUCCGCUUGAAUAUGGCGGCACAAUUCCAAUGAGAGAAAUGAUUGAAAUGUUCAAGAAAGAAUUAGAAGCGAAACGAGAUGUCUUACUGAGUCACGAUGAGAUGAACGUUCGCUUAGAGCUUUACCCAGAAUCUGUUCGACAAGGAUCAACAAGAUCACUCAAAAUACCUUUAAGGNUUCUUGAAGAUGAAGAAAAUCAAAUUCGAGGUUGUGUGCAUGUAGGGGACGGAUCAGGACUUGGACUCAAUUAUUUGACAGUAUUAACUCCACAACAAGCUUACAGAAUUGUCAAAAACUGUGAAAAAAUGGUCCCAAUGCGUCAUAAAGAGUUUCAUGGAACGCUGUGCCCACCUGCUUUGAAAUUUGUCUUAGAAUGGGGAUUAUCUUUAAUGAGUCCAAAGCUUCGUUCUCGAGUAAAGCUUCACUCCAAGCUUGAUGAUAAAGACGCAAUCGAUAGAAAACUUCUUCCGCUUGAAUAUGGUGGCACAAUUCCAAUGAGAGAAAUGAUUGAAAUGUUCAAGAAAGAAUUAGAAGCGAAACGAGAUGUCUUACUGAGUCACGAUGAGAUGAACAUUCGUUUCGAACUUUAUCCAGAAGCUGUUCGAAUAGGAUCAGCGAAAGCAUUAAAAGUUCCUUUAAGUGCACCAGAUUCAGCAUUUGAAACGAAGAAAGAUCGUGGCUUUAUCUUUAUGAUGAAGAUGAAGUUCCAAUCAAAAAGCAUCACACCAGUUGAUGAUUACAAAGUGAAUCUAUCUGAAGACAACAGAAAAUUUAUUGAAAAAGAGUUUCGAGAAACUGAUGAUGUCAGAAAGCAUGCAAUUGCAACUUUAAGGGAAUGGGCAUUGAAAAAUCCAAGAAUUAACAAACUUCGUUUAGAUUCAAAUUUCUUGUUGAGAUUUCUCAGAGCUAAAAAGUUUUCACUUCCAAUGACUCAAGAAAUGAUUGAAAGAUAUUUAGUUCUUCGAUGGUAUACACAAGAAGGAAUUAAAGUUUUUCAGAAUCUCGAUGUGAAAUUGCCAGUGAUGCAAGAGCUUUUGGAUUUAGGUUACAUUUUCGCGCUGCCACAACGCGAUGCAUUACAACGAAGAAUUAUUUUUUAUCGCCCUGGUGUUUUCAAUCCUUCAAAGCAUUGCAACCACGAGAUGAUUAAAUUACAUGGAAUUGUUUACGAGACGCUAAUGGAAGAUGAACAAAACCAGAUUCACGGAUUUGUGCAUGUUAUAGAUUCUUCAGGAAUUGGUUUUCAUUAUUUAACACUUUUCACACCUCAUGAAGCUUACCGAAUAGGGAAAAAUCUUGAGAAACUUCUUCCAAUGAGACAAAAGGAAAUUCAUGGCUUAAAAGUUCAUUCAUCAGUUAAAUUUGCUGUUGAUUUUGCACUCGCACAAAUGAGUGAAAAAAUGCGAAAACGAGUUUUUCUUCACAAAAAGGUUGAAGACAUUUCUGGUGUCAUUGGUGCGGAUCUUCUUCCAAUUGAGUAUGGUGGUAAUGUUCCUAUGAAGAGUAUGAUUGAUGCAUUUAAGAUAGAGCUUCUCUCGAAUCGACAACUAUUAUUAAACAACGAUCAGAUGUCAGUUAAUCUUGAAAAAUAUCCUCAAGCUAUUCGUGAAGGUUCUGUGCGAUCAUUGAAAAUGUCGAUUGAUUCUUACAAUUCUUUUGAUGAUCGAAAGGAAAUUUAUGGCAUGCAAGGAUCGUUUAGAAAGUUAGAAAUUGAUUGA